CUGCUCGAGGGGCGUCGAGCCUGCCUCAGCACUGAGUCCCACUGAGAGGAAUGCAUCCCGAAAGCUUCCCAAUGGCCUCCUUUCCUCUCUUUCACAACUCCUUGUUGAAAAGAAAAGCAUUACUUCGUCCUCUUUGAUAUUGAAAUGAUCAGGAAAAUGAGGAGAUUGGAAAGGAAGCCAUGUUCGAUUGUUGGAGCUGACUCCUAUAUGUCAGCACAUGGUGUCAAUAAUGUUCUGCUUUGAUUUGACCCCUGACCUCUAACACUGACCCCUCUUGCCUGACCUCCACCGGACUCUCAACACAGCGAAGUGACCCAAGAAGUAAUCAAUCAGACUCUGUAGGACCCAGGUACACAAGUUCCAAUUGCUUUGAGAUGAGCUGUGCUGCUGGGUUGCACGCUGUGUUUGCAGACGCCUGCUAGCAACAUCCCAGAAUGACCUUGGAACUGAGCACUUCUUCAAGUUCAACCUAAUUCUGAUACAAAUCACCCAGAAACAAUUGAGUGCUGAUGUGCAUUCGGGAGCAACAGAUGACAACAUAUCACCUCAACAGCAUCCUCUUGAAACAAAGUCUGAUAUCAAAUUAACACCGAUUUUAGAUUUGACAGAUAUCUUGCAGUUUAAAGAAUAGUUUGACAUUUUGGGAAACACACUAUCUGGCUUUCUUGUGGAGAGUUGAUUCUACAUGAAUGUCUGUAAGUUAAAUAUGAAGCUACAGCCUGUUAGCUUAGUUUAGCUUCGACUUGAAACAGGCUGGCUGGAGCUUCGUGUUCACUGUAUCAAUCUUCUCAUCUCACGCUCGGCAAGAAAGUCAACAUGUUCCCCAAAAUGUCAAACUAUCCUUUUAACUUCCUUUAAACUGAGAUUACAGCUACAGCCAGCAGUCCAACCAAAGCGGAAAAACACAUUGUCCAACAUAUAGAUCUGCUUAUUUACGGCUCUCGACUCACCUCGGCUGUAAUAAUGUAUCUGAAACUCGAUCCAGUCAACUGUAAAACAUUUUUGUAAUUGCAAAAUCUGAAAAAUGUCAAAUAUCUAUCAACUGUAUCACAUGCAUGUUGGUGCCGCGUGCUCCUCCAUUUCUCAUCCCGAGUGUGACGUUGCAUCAGAAACGCUGCUCGGGAUAACAUCCAUCACAGCAGCUGUUGAAGGGCACGUUGAGGCUUCGAUAGCUUGAACAGAACCGCUUCCCGCGUAUUAAGGCCUCAAGAUGCAUCACUGUGUACACAACCAUCAAACACUCACGGCCUCACGUCGAGGAUGGAAGCGUCUUCACUGUAGGACGGCCACAGCGCAGGAGUUUGUCGUUUUGACCCUCUGCGCUUUGUUAAAAAGGCCCAACAGGCUCCGGUCCACAGGAGGACCCAGAGUCCAGGGGCUGAACGCUUUGGCCUUCAACUCGGGUUCAGACGGUCAGUUCUGACGCGUCUUUAUGUGAAACCUUGGUAAGAACUGGAAAAUAGACCUUUUCUCCUUCUGUCCAAAAAGCAGAUUUAUUCAGCUUAAUAUGAAUAUCUCUCUGAGGGCCACUAGAAGUGCACCUUUAGUUUAGGUAUCGCUCUCAUGAGGACUCAUGAAAGUGUCCAGCUUGAGAUGAAUUACUGAAGUUUAAUACAAAUUUAGAUGAAUUACUGAAGUUUAAUACAAAUUGCCAUAAUGUAAUAGUGAAUCUCUUCUUGGACUUGCACACAUUGGUGGUGCAAAGCCUGCCAUAAAGGAGGGUUUCUGUUUGGAAAGAAGGAGAAAUGGAAACAUUUGGGGCUGUUUUAAGUGUAAACGGCUCCGGGCGCACACAGCGAGCGUCGUUCCAUCUCACAUGUCUAUUUUUACAUUGAAACAAAAAGGAUGUUUUGGCAGGUAACGAUUCUGAAGCCGUCCUUUAUGACUGAAAUUUCAGGUGGAUGCUUUUGUUUGAGGCUCUGGAGGCUAAAGCUCCUGUAUGCUGUCACUGGUUGAGUCACAGCACCUUAAAAGUAGGAGACGAGAAACGGUGAAUGUUGUGAACGUUGCUUUUGUUUUCAAACACAAAACAUGAAGUGAUGCUGCACAGGCAGUACUGUUUUUACUUUCUCCCUAGACAACAGCUCAAGUGGAGGAGCGUGCUGCGUGUAUGAGUGGCUGGAGCCGUGAUAAUAUGUCCAAUCUUAAAAGUAACACAUUCUGCUCCAACAACCGCUGAGCCCAAAACCAGUACUAGGGGGCCACCUGCUGGUAAAGGCAGAGAAACGUGUCUCUGCGCUGCGUUGUUGCCAGUAUAUUGAAAUAUUGACAAAAAAGGUCAACAGGGAAACAUUUGGUCCAUUUUAGUAACAUAAAGGUCAAACAAUCCAAGACUGAAGAAUAAGUUGAGGAGCAUUUAAAGGACACAUGAUUACAAUGGCAAGGCAGAAUUUACCCUAAACUUAAUUUGUCAGAUUUCAUGAGGCAUCAAAAUAAAACGUAAUGUUUCUAAUAGCAGGCUUCCUGUUUUCAUGGAGGUGCUGCUGCAGGCUCACGUGUCAAUGCAACAGGUCCAACAGCUGUUUGUUUAAUGGACCUCUUAAGUGAGGAGCUUGUUUAUGAAAGCUGCAACUUUGUUUACGGCGUCCCAGGCAAACGCUCGGCUCGUUGCCACGCAGCCAAAAGCUUAGGAUGCGGUUGAAAGAAGAUACUCGUGUCUCGUUCCCUUCCCCCACUGAGCAGAAUUGAUGUUAAACUGAUGUAAAAUUGUUGCAGCAUUUUGGGAUUAAUGUGUUUUGCUUUCCCUUCGCUCACGAUGCCCACUACCACCUCUGCCUUCACUCACGCCCUCAACUACAUCACCCACAUGUCCCACUUAGACUCAGACUGCCUCUCCAGCCCCUCCCGCCACUGCCUCAGCCUCUCCGACGGGUCGGAGGACCAGCUGGACCGCCUCCAGCAGGUGGAGCUGGCCAGGAUGACCCCCAUGUCCCAGUGGAGGGCUGGCACUGUGCAGGCCUGGCUGGAGGUUGUCAUGGCAAUGCCAAUGUACAUCCGCACCUGCACAGAAAAUGUCAAGAGUGGAAAGGUUUUACUUGGACUAACCGAUGAAGACCUGGAGCUGGGUUUAGGUGUCAGCAGUGUGAUGCAUCGCCGGAAACUGCGCCUGGCCAUUGAGGAUUACAGAGAUGCUGAGAACGGUAGAGGGCUGUCCAAGGCUGCCGGCAUGGACCACCACUGGGUGGCCAAGGCCUGGCUGAGUGACGUGGGCUUGCCUCAGUACUCGCAGGCCUUCCACAACCACUUGGUCGACGGCCGUCUGCUGAACUCCCUGACACGUCGCGACCUUGAACGCCACCUCAACAUCACCAAGAAGAUCCACCAGGUCAGCUUGCUGCUGGGCAUCGAACUGCUGCACUUACUCAGCUUCGACAAGGAGGCACUGCAGGCCCGUCGGAUACAGUGUGAGCACCAGAACGUGGAUCCGUUGGUGUGGACCGCUCACCGGGUCGUGAAGUGGAUCAAAGACAUUGACCUGAAGGAGUUUGCUGAAAGUUUUCUAAGCAGCGGCGUUCAUGGCGCCGUCAUGGUGCUCGACCCCACUUUUAACACCGACGCCAUGGCAACAGCACUGGGGAUCCCGAGCAACAAGCACAUGGUUCGCCGACACCUCGUUGAGGAGAUGAAGACCUUGAUCAGCCCCGCCAGGACAGAUGCCAAGCAGGACUAUGAGCACCUCAGCCUGGGAACUCCACCAGCCCUCGUCCGCCAGGACUCCCUUGGCAGACGGCCCAGCUCCACCGGGCGGCACACUGAUGACGAAGGCCCGCUGAGGAGGAGGGCUGUGAAGCCUCCCACAGGGUUCAGCCCCAAAGCCCGCAAUGGGCGAGACCUGAGUUGCCAUAGCAGCUACGGCUCCCUGCCUCGGGAAGGCCGAGACCAGACUCCGCCCAGAGCUGAGGGAAGCCCGCUCCACGGUUACACCAGCAUCGAGGUCACCAACGUGUGAGGUCAUCGCAGUGGGACGAAACACCAGUUCUCAGCUUCAUCACAACUACAGCUACGCUCUGGACGUUUGUCAUGUGAACCCGAACAUGAGAUGGUUAUUUUCUCUAAAGACGAGGACUAAAAGGACAGAUUGCACUUUUUAAAAUGAGACAGGAUUGUUCUUUUUUUUUUACAAGUCUCCUGUUUUUAGAAGGUUUUCAUUGUGCGCAGUUGGCAUUUUGAUGUUUUAGAGGGCAGUGAUUUCUCUCCUCUGUAUCAAAAGAUGCAGGUCGCAAGCUAAAUGAUUAUUUUUCUAUUUGUUUGUGUGUAGAAGGUUCUUUAUGAAUCAAUAUUUGACUUGGCAAUUUGUUUUUGUUGACUUGCUAUUCACUGUUUCUCUGAGGGACAUUCGAUUUUUUUGUAUAAUACUUGAAGACAAAAUGGAAAAGGUUUCAUAUUAAUGUAAAUUGUUCUUGUUUCAUUCAGUUCUGCUGGUUGUGAUGCCUUGUCAGUGUAGCUGAGGACAGUGGACAAAAAAAAACUUGAAUUGAAUUUUAAAUUCUUGAGUUUAUGUUUGAGAGACAUUUUUUCAUCUUGCACAUUUACACAGUCGUGUCUAAACAGAUGUAGCACCCUCUUCUGAUGUGUUAUACUGUGAAGUACAUGUGGGAUAACAUAUUUUAACUAUGGCAACAAAAGAUGACUGCAGAGCUGUAUGUCCAUAGAGGCCUCGUGCUGGAAGGUGUGAGGAUGCACAUAUGUAAAAAAAAAAAAAACAAUUUUAAGAUAAAUAAAGAUGACGUCUUACAUUUUAUAGUCCUGUGCGCCCAUCUUCAGCAGAAAGUUUAAUGAAACAUAUGUGUUUUUUAACAAUAACUAAGCAAAAUGACUACAUGUAAUGUGAAGGGGAUUUCUAACAAUUACAAACUUACAGAGCGAUGUCAGCGAGUGAGAGAAGUUUUUUUUUCUCAACCGUUGAUGAAGGCCAAACAAGAGCUAUAGAAGAAGAGUGAACAUUUGACUUAAACUCAUCAGGUACCAGAAGCACAACCCCACAUCGAAACCAAUGUUGCACUGCCGAUGUCGGAGCUGGUCGAAAUAACUACGGCCAUAAUGUAUAAGAUUUGUAUGUCUGUCAGACUGGUUUGGGGCUUUUUUUAUCCCCUGGUGGCCAAAAACAACAAAAAUAAAACCACGCAGGAGUGGUGGUGUAUGAACUGUAUGAACGAGAGGAACUUUGACUGUGAGGAAAUUAUAGAAAUGAUGGAAUUGUAUGAAUAAAGGAGGCAAACCGAUCUCCCUUAUUGGAC